AUGUCUUCGACUCCUGCAUCGGUCCUGAACGGCACCGGGCUAAGCAUGUACGUGGAGCUUGCAAGCUACGUCCCUAAUCGCAGCGGCUUAGAGGUCUUGUUUUUCGAACAAGCUUAUGCUCGACCGAAAGAUUUCUUCCCCAUGUCAUUUGCCGUACAAUCAGUCUUGCUCUCCUUCAGCUAUGUCAACGCUAUCGGGCCAACAUCGAUACCAACAUUAGAAGAGGUUCAAUUUGCAGGGGCUUCAAGCGAGCCUCGGCUAAACAAAAGAGCCUUUUAUGAGCAGCAAUUUCCAAACUCCAACCUCAACGAAAUCUGCCUGAACGAGCACCCAAAACACCGCUCCAGUAUCAAGAUUCAUAUCAACGACAAGUCCUUUUUUUCAAUCUGCUCAAUUUCCAAUUCACUUGUGGCGAAAAUACAAACCAUCUCAAUGGCUUCCCUCACAGAUCUACCAGUCGAGAUUCUCGACCAGAUUUGCACCUCACUCUGCUGUCAUUGUCGACAGCACAAAAUGCAGCUCGACAAGCCGAGCGCCGCCGUCAGCUCGACAGAAGACGACGGAGAACGGCUUGGACUACGCAAUCUAUGCCUCACAUCACGGUCACUACGCCAAAUUGCUCAGCCAAUUCUUUUUCACUUACUGAGAACGAUCAACGAAGACGCCCAUCUUUCUUCUUGCCUUAAGUCCAUCGAUAUCAAUGCAUUUGAAGAGAAAUGUAUUAUCUGUUCACCUUCGUUAGAAUGUGCAACUCAGGAAGAAAUCAGUCAAGUUACGCGAUUGUCGAAAAAGACAGGUCUAGAUAUCAAUUCCGCCGGCUUGGACCACGAUCUUCUCCCUGAGAUUCUAAUCCAAUUCUUAUUGAUUAUGACGCCGAAUCUCCAGAACGUCAGCUUGUGCGUACCACGUUGGUGGGUCUUUUACCCGUUGAGAAAAUGGAUCAAUAAAUGGAGGCCCAAACUAAAUGAGUCAAAAAUACUGCUGGGCCAGGUACGACACAUGGAGCUGGAGACUGAGAGAUAUAGCGACGACACGUGUCUUGAGGACGACCAUAAAGAUGAGGGUCUUUGUCACCCGAUUCCUGAUCCCAUUGAACGACUACUCAUAGACAGUGCACCGAAUCUCGAGGUAUUGUCAUGUUCUGCUGGAGGGCUGGAGGGUCUUCCGAAGUUGCCAUUGCUCAGGUGGCUGCACCUCCGCAUGGAAGGGUCUUGGAAGGGAAUGUUGCCUAAAUUAAUGGAUCGCCUACCGUCCCUGACACAUUUCAGCUACUCGACCAGCAACUUGCACUCUCCCACGCCCAGAGAGAUCCAAGACGCCCUCCAUAAUCACCAGGAGACUCUUCAACAUCUCACUGUGAUCAAUCGGUUUGGGGAGAGCAUUGCAAGUGAUGAUUUGCGAACGGAUCCAAGCCGGCCAUACUCAAUGACCUCUCUGGCCGGUUUCAAGGCUCUCGAAUCCAUUAACCUUGAUGGCUAUAUGAUCUGGCCGCAUCGGAGGGACGGAGGCACGAUACAAGAAAUGGAGGCGGACUUGCAGCUUCUACCGAACUUUUUGCCUCAAUGCUUACGGCAGCUUCAUAUUGAUGGCUGGGGUAACUACGGAGAGGAGAACCUAAGGUCUUUAGCUAAGGCUAUGGCAAAUGUGGAAUUUCCCUACCUGGAAACGGUGAUCUGGGGCAUCGUUCAUGAUCGCCGGCUCCUUCGGCGUGGGUCUUGCAACAAAGCGUGGGAGAUGGGCAUGGAUUGGAGGGAAAUAAUUACAGAGAAAGUUGAAGACCGCAUACGCAAUUGUCAUCAGGAAGCAUUUCCAAACUGGGGAGACGAUUUUUUGGGGUCUGCUGCGAAUGAGGCUGGCUGA